CUCAACCGGCGUGCCUAGCAAGCUUCCUCUUCUCUACUAGGUCCACUCCUUCUACUCUAUUAGCAAGCCACUCAAGAUAAAUCCACACAACUCCAUCAUGAGGUACAGCUUCGUGUUGCUGGGUCUCCUGGUCCUUGUCUGUGCUGUCUCGGGCAACGCCCUAGAAAACCAGGAAACUGCCAAUGAUCAUCCUGGAAUGGUCAUCUUUGGAGACUUAAGACAGGAUAACCCCUAUACCAGCUCUUUUAGCAGUGAAGAGAGCAGUGAGGAGAGCAGUGAUGAGAGCAGGGAAUAGAGGUCAGACGACAGCAGCAAUGAGAGUGGUCCACAUACAAGGAGCACCCGUCCUACUAGACCAAGGAGGACAACCACAAGCACCACCACAGCUGCUGGCAAACAGAUGCUAACAGAGGUCUUCAAACAGAUGCCAGUAGAUGUCUUCAAACAGAUGCCAGUAGAUGUCUUCAAACAGAUGCCAGUAGAUGUCUUCAAACAGAUGCCAGUAGAUGUCUUCAAACAGAUGCCAGUAGAUGUCUUCAAACAGAUGCCAGCAGAUGUCUUCAAACAGAUGCCAGUAGAUGUCUUCAAACAGAUGCCAGUAGAUGUCUUCAAACAGAUGCCAGUAGACGUCUUCAAACAGAUGCCAGUAGACGUCUUCAAACAGAUGCCAGUAGAUGUCUUCAAACAGAUGCCAACAGAGGUCUUCAAACAGAUGCCAGUAGAUGUCUUCAAACAGAUGCCAGUAGAUGUCUUCAAACAGAUGCCAACAGAUGUCUUCAAACAGAUGCCAGCAGAUGUCUUCAAACAGAUGCCAGUAGAUGUCUUCAAACAGAUGCCAACAGAUGUCUUCAAACAGAUGCCAGUAGAUGUCUUCAAACAGAUGCCAGUAGAUGUCUUCAAACAGAUGCCAGUAGAUGUCUUCAAACAGAUGCCAGCAGAUGUCUUCAAACAGAUGCCAGCAGAUGUCUUCAAACAGAUGCCAGUAGAUGUCUUCAAACAGAUGCCAGCAGAUGCAAAUAAAUGUCUUAUAAGAACAUGAACUGUACUGUAAUGCGGCCUUAAU